CUAUAGACCAUUAUAAACUGUGUAGCAAUUUAUAGAGCCUUGUAAUAGUAAAGAAACUAGGGUUUUGAGCCGCGACUUUCGAUUUAUUAACUAUCGUCCUCGAGUCUGCCUCUUCCUCCUCCUGCGCUACCUCAAACCCUAAGGUACGUUUCUGCGAGGAAGUGUGAAAAUGGUUGAGAAGACUAAGGGAAGAAAGGAGGAGGUGGUGACCAGGGAGUACACAAUCAACCUUCACAAGCGCUUGCAUGGCUGCACAUUCAAGAAGAAGGCUCCUAAGGCGAUUAAGGAGAUCAGGAAGUUUGCCCAGAAAGCAAUGGGAACUAAUGAUGUGAGGGUGGAUGUGAAGCUGAACAAACACAUCUGGAGCAGAGGUAUCCGAAGUGUCCCUAGGAGGAUCAGGGUCCGAAUUGCUCGCAAGAGGAAUGAAGAUGAAGAUGCAAAGGAGGAGCUCUAUUCUCUUGUUACCGUGGCAGAGAUUCCAGCAGAGGGUAUAAAGGGUUUGGAGACCAAGAUCAUUGAAGAAGAUGAUUGAAUCAUCUGUGAUUUAUAAAAGUUUUUAAAAGUGAUUUUUCUGAGACUGAUUAGUAUUUUGAUGAGAUCGGUUGCUUUAUUGUUGUUUGAUGAUCGACUUGGUUAUUUCUUGUUUAAAUUGGAGUACUGCUGUUAUUGUUAGCUGAUACUUCUCUUUUCUGGCCAUCU